AUAUUUGGAAUAUCUGUUCAUGCAUUGCCACAAACACUUGUGCCAGAAUACGGUUAUAUUCCAAGCUUUCUUGUUGAUACUUGUGAAUACUUGAAAGAACAUGUUCGUACUGAGGGACUCUUCAGAAAGUCUGGAUCUCUUGUUCGUUUAAAAGCUCUGAAGAGUAAACUGGAUCAAGGUGAAAAUUGCCUCUCAGCUGCACUGCCAUGUGAUGUUGCAGGACUCCUCAAACAGUUCUUUAGAGAGCUGCCAGAACCCAUCCUUCCUGCUCACCUGCAAGAAGGCCUUCUCAGAGCUCAGCAGUUUGGAGAUGAGGAGAAGAAAACUCCAACUGUGUUGCUGUCGUGUUUGAUGGCCGACAGAACCAUUGAAGCUCUGAGAUACUUUUUCAACUUUCUGAGAACAGUGUCCUUAAGAUCCAGUGAAAACAAAAUGGAUAGCAGUAAUCUGGCAGUGAUUUUUGCUCCCAACCUCUUGCACUCAAACGAAAAUGAAAAGAUGUCAGCCAAUACAGAAAAAAAAAUUCGCUUGCAAGCUGCUGUUGUGGAAACACUCAUCGACCACGCAGCAGAAAUCGGACAAGUACCAGAAUUCAUCUUGGAAAAGAUUCCUGCAAUGUUAGGUGUUGAUGCCUUUCAGUCUACUCCCUCACUGUGGGUCCAUGAAGACAGUGAAAAUGAAUCUCCUAGUGAAUGUAAGAGGAGGAGACACCGAAGUGUUGCAGUCCUUUCCUCAGUGACUCCAGUGGUUCUGACUCCACGCACCAAGCGUAAACUUCCAGCUGAUUGCUCUCAGGGCUUGUCCAGCAAGAAGAGACGAUCUUUAAAGCACAGUUUUGCCUUUGAGUUGUUACCAAGUAGCAUCUUUAACAGCAGCUCAACACCAGCAUCAGUUCAGUUUGAAGCAAGCCCUUGUGUGUCUUUUGAGUCAUCACAAACCUCAUUAUCUCCUUCCACCGUGGGUGAAAAUCAUCUCUCUAGUUCGGGGAAUAGAAGAAGUAAAAGACUCAUGAACAAGAAAUUAUACAGGGCUGAAUCAGGAAAGACAGGUUGUUUUUCUCCAAAGAUAAGCCGAAAAGAAAUGGUUCGUAGGUCAUUGCGCUUGAAAUUUGGUUUGGGGAAAAGCAAUAGAGAAAUGAAUAUUGUACCAGGAUGUGCAGUUGGUAAUAGAUCUGAAAAUAUUGGAAGGCGUCUUGCAAGUCAGCAAGGUUUGGAAAGUGGAACUGAAUGUGCAAAAAGAGAUGUACUCUUCAGCCCAUAUAUCAAUGAAAAAUUCCCUAAGAAAGGUUCAAGGAAUGUAAGCAAGUCAGAAGAAAACUUGUUAACUCCAAAAUGUCACGAUAAAGUAGUUCACCGAAUGUCAUGGAAUAGCUCUGCUGUUACGGGUUCUCAGGUGAUCAGCAAGAAUGAGCAAAUUCUGCCAGGGCACAGUGAAACAGGAGUCGGCUCUUCAGAAUCUGUUUUGAUACUUGGAAAGCCACCAGUUCUAGAUGAGUUCAAACCCACAACUGUAAGCAAACAAGACAACAACUUAGAACUUACGCUUUGUGAAGAGGAAAGUAAUUCAACUGCAGAAACGUUACUUAAAGUUAAGCAAGCCUUCUCUGCAUCUGGAAGUAUUCUUCACAGUUUGAUAGGUGAUAAAAAAUUGUCCUUCUCAGAUGUAGCAGAUGAAACAUUAAAUGAAACUCCACAUCUCGCAGGGCUCCAUCCAGCAAAAGAAUUGUUAGCUGGAGAAGUUUCUGAAAAUCUAGCAAAUGCAAAAUCCAGGGAGCUGUCGCACCAAUUUAAUCAAUCUUCUGCUAUUGAUAAACAGCAGUCAAAACCAGAUGAAAUUAAAGUUUUGGAGAAAAACUUCAAAACUUCUAUUGAGAUUGAACUUCAGGUCCCAAAACCAGAUAUAAAAAAAGUAACAGAACUUCCUAUGCCUCAGGUACAGGCCAGGGAAGACACGUUGACUGUUCAGAACAGUUCAUCAAAAGAUGACUUAAACAAAUUAGACUUCUUUGGAAGAAAAGAGGAAACUGAAUUGACGCACUCUGACAUAAACAAAGUAGAUUUCUUUGGAAGAAAAGAGGAAAUGGAAUUAACGCACUUGCAAACAGCGGAAAACUGUAUGGUAAAAUGCUGUAAUUUAGAAGAUGCUGCUAAACUUUCUUUGGCAGGACAGCUUCCUAGACUGCAGUUGCCUGAAUCACAAAAUGAACUAGGCAACCAACACUCGCAAGCUGAAAAUUCUGAUAAAACUUUAACUAAAACAUCAACUGUUUCAGACCAUGGAAAGGUUUCUGACCAUAUACAGUGGUUCAACAAGCUUUCAUUAAAUGAUCCAAGUUCUGCAAGCAAAACUAAGCCACCUCUGAAGUUUCAACGUACUCCAGUGAGACAGUCUGUGAGACGAAUUAAUUCCUUAUUGGAGGCUAACAGACACUCUGUAAGCUGUCAGCCACUUAAGGCAAGCAGUGUUGGUUCACCGCUUGUUAAAUCUUUGAGCUAUGAUUCUGCACUAUUCUCCUGCACAGAAAAGCCCUCAAAAAAUUCUACAGUUUUGCCACGCAGGAGUGAAAGUACACGUGACCAAGUUUCUGUGUCUUGUAAGCAGCUAGACUUAACAUCCAAAUCGUGUUGCAGGCCUUUAAAUCCAUCAGGCAAGCCUGAUGUUUCUGCCAGAACUGCUGGAAUCCAUGAACAGGAAGGGACUGCUCAUCCAUCGAAGUCUGUUCUAGAAGAUCUAACCAAUUAUGAAAUGGUUAAAUCCAGUUUGAAAGUUAAUGCAAAUGUCAAUAUUCCAGGUGCUGCCCCAGAAAAACCUACAAUCGCAAGAAAUGCUCCAGGAAAAGAAAGAGUUCGUUAUAGAGGCUCUCCAAAGAACCCAAUACCUAAAGUGAAACUGCUACCAACUGCAAAGCCAGUAGACUUAUGA